AUGAAGUUGAUCUGGAACCAUCCGGUACUGGAGAUCUUUCUGGGUACAGCCUGUGGGGGGCUGCUGGUGCUGCUGAUAGGUUGGUCACGAGGCGGCCGGAUGUUUUCAGAAGAUCCAGGAUGGAGUCCCAGGACCAAAGACAUGCUCAAUCCCGACUUGAAGUUCCCACGGUGUGUUCUGGUUCCAGUCCUCCUGGAUGGAAAAUCCACCCAAGCUUUCCCCUUCCUGCUCAACCAUCCAGAUAAGUGCAGUGCUUCUGGGGGGGCACCCUUCUUGCUGAUGUUGGUGAUGACUCGGCCCCAGGACCGGUUUCUGAGGGAAGCCAUCCGACACACAUGGGGGAAUGAAACCACCAUACCUGGUGUGAUCAUCCGAUGCCUCUUCAUAAUGGGCCUGUCCUCUGACCCAUCUUCCCCCCGCCCACUAGAAGAGGAUGAAAAGCACAAGGACCUCCUCCAGGUGGGUUUCCUGGAUACCCACCACAACCAGGCUCUCAAAACCUUUAUGGGACUGGAAUGGGUGGCCCGAUACUGCCCUAGAACCCAGUAUGUGCUUAAGGUGGAUGGAAACGUUGUCCUGAACCCCAGUUUCCUGGUGCAGCAGACACUAAAGUCUGGGCAGCAUCCCCGGCCAGACUUCAUCACUGGCUGUACCUACAGAAACAGAAGCCCCAUUCAAAGGCAGUCCCAUCCUCGGUACAUGCCUCCAGACAUGCUCUCCCAUACCACGUACCCACCUCACUGCUGCAGCCCUAGUUAUGUGCUGUCUGGACUGCUGGCCCUUAAGGUCCUCUCCAUUGCCCGGAGAGUGCCAGCUAUCCACCUGGAAGAUGUGUUUGUGGGGUUAUGCCUGCAUCAUCUAGGGGUGGAGCUCAUUCUUGGGCCCCCCGACAUCUUCCCGAUGUUUGGCCGAUCAUACAAACGCUGUGACUUCCGUGGCUUUGCCCUUGUCCAUCCCUUCAAGCACCAGAAACUUGUACAGGUCUGGCCUGACUUCCAGAAAGGCACCUGCCCACUGGAGUGA